UAAGUUGUAACACUGCAGUUGGGUUUGAGGAUCAGACACAAUCUUGUAUAUCCCAUCAUCAUGCUCUUCCUUAACUAUUCAUUUUCUGUCAUUCACAUUUCUUCUUCUUCAAACAACAACAACAAUAAUAACAAUAACAACCUCAAUCACAACAAACCCAAUUCCCUUUCAAUUCCCAACAACGAUGAUGAUAAUGUUUCCAUCAAAUUCAAAUCCCCAACACCUCCAUGGAUUAAGGCUCCUCUUCUUCUCCAACCCCACCAACUUCUCAAUUCCAACGUUGAACCAAAACAACGUGACCAUUCUGAUAAAGCUUUAACUGGUAAAGAACUCAGAGGCAAAAAAGCCUUAAAGAAAAUAGCCCACAAAGUUGAAAGCCUUCACAAGACUCAAACUCAAAUGGGUUCUCAAAAAGUUGAAAACUUUGGGUCUUUGGAAAAUUUGAUGGAGAAUGUGGAGGUUGUGAGAAAAGAAAGAAUGCCAUGGGAGAGAGAUGAGAAGGUUGAUUUUUUGAAGGUGAAAAAGGAAAAAAUUGUCACUGCUGCCGAUUUGACUCUUGAUAAGGUGUUACUUCAAAGGUUGAGGAGUGAGGCUGCAAUAAUGAGGAUUUGGGUCAAGGUUAAGAAAGCUGGUGUUACACAGGAUGUUGUGAAUCAAAUUAAAAGGACUUGGAGGACAAAUGAACUUGCUAUGGUUAAAUUUGAUAUCCCUUUAUGUCAAAAUAUGGAUAGAGCAAGAGAAAUUGUUGAGAUGAAGACUGGAGGCUUGGUUGUAUGGAGUAAGAAGGAUGCUCUUGUGGUUUACAGAGGAUGCAACUAUAAGUUGACCUCUAAAGGUUCUACGAAGAUUGAUACCGGUUAUAUUCCUAGUCGAAAAACAAAUUCUUAUGAAAUGAAUGGGGUGAAGUUGGCCACCAUAGGUGAUCUUUACCGGGCUGAAUCCGACCGAAGUACAAGUGAGCUACCGAGCUGGAAUGCUGAUCAUAAGCAUUCUCUGUCAACUGACAUCCAUGAUAUGAACUACCAACCAGCCAACGGAUCCUUGUAUGAGAGGGAAUGUGAUAGAUUAUUGGAUGGUUUAGGACCUCGCUUCAUUGAUUGGUGGAUGCACAAACCGCUUCCUGUAGAUGCUGACUUACUUCCGGAAGUGGUUCCUGGAUUUGAGCCACCACUUAGGAUUUGUCCACCUCAUGCUAGUGCAAAACUAACGGACGGUGAACUAACAUACUUCAGAAGGAUUUCUCACCCUUUACCAACUCAUUUUGUCCUUGGAAGAAACAGAGGACUUCAAGGCUUAGCAGCUGCUAUCUUAAAGCUGUGGCACAAGAGUCAUAUAGCAAAAAUUGCAAUCAAGUAUGGAGUUCAAAAUACCGACAAUGAAACAAUGGCCAAUGAACUGAAGCGUCUCACCGGAGGAGUUCUAUUGUUGCGGAACAAGUUUUACAUACUACUAUAUAGGGGAAAAGAUUUCCUUCCUAGAAGAGUUGCAGAUUUGGUAGAAAGGAGAGAGUUGGAGCUUAAAAGUUGUCAACUCGACGAAGAAGUUGCGCGUAUGAAAGCAAUUCAAGCAUUUUCUUCUAUUGAUGAAUUUCCACUGCCACAAGGCACUAGUACAAGUGGAACUUUAACAGAAUUUAGGAACAUCCAAAAUAAGCUUGACGAAAUGAAAGAAGUCAAUGUAGAUUUAAGCAUUCCACUAGAAGCAGAAAUAUAUAGAUUGGAAAAGGAAUUGAAAGAGCAACAGCGUAAAGCUUUCAUUCUUAACAAGAAAAUAGAGAGAUCAACAAUGGAAUUAUCAAAGUUAAAUGCUGCAUGGAAACCUUCUGGGGAGGAUAUAGACUUGGAAAUAAUGACUGAUGAGGAGAGGGAAUGUUUCCGAAAGAUGGGCUUGAAGAUGAGAAGUUGUCUAGUUCUUGGAAGGCGAGGAGUUUUCGACGGUGUAUUGGAAGGACUACAUCAGCAUUGGAAACACAGGGAAGUAGCAAAGGUUAUUACGAUGCAGAGACUAAUCAGUCGGGUCAUCUACACUUCACAAUUUUUGGAGAGAGAGAGCGGAGGAAUUUUAGUUUCAGUUGAUCAACUAAAAGAGGGAUAUGCUAUUAUUAUUUACCGCGGAAAAAACUAUAGUCGGCCUUCAGAAAAGAUAGCGAAAAAUCUUCUAACCAAAAGAAAAGCAUUGCGCAGGUCUCUUGAAAUGCAGAGAAUUGGAUCAUUGAAGUUUUUUGCUCAUCAGAGAGAGAAGACAAUCUCUGAUUUGAAGCUGAAACUGCUUCAGAACAGAAAGGAAGUUGAGACCAGACAAUAUGAAAAUUAAUGCAUGCAUUUCUAAGACGUCUAUCAAGCAGCAACCGCUCUUCAAUUGUUUACUCAUCCAUGUUUGACGAGAUAAGACAUAUGAAAAGUUCGACGAGCUUCAGCAAGCAGCAUAUUUUGGCAAGAAAUGAAGUGGCAUUUUUGCUGCUGUUUGGAAAACUUGAAAAGCUAUUCUGCAAUGAGGAAAAGCACAGGCAUACAUAUAUAUCCUGCAAGUUUUCUAAAGCUUCCGCCAUGGCAAGCCAAGUUAAAUAGUCAGAAGUUGAAUGAAGAUGUGUUCUAAAUUUGUUCGGCUACCUCUCAGUAGUAAAGCAAGUGCAAACAAGAGGAAGAUUAUAUUCGUCAAACUCAAAAGAAACACCUUGGAAGCUACUUCGGUUGUGCAAGAACGAAGGCUUAUAAAUGAAGAACAGAAGAGGGUUGUGAUAAAAGACAGGAUGUGGGAUUCGAACUCAAGACAUCAAGCAAAGAGAAGAAAAUGGAGAAAAGUACAAAAAGGCAGAAAAGUGAGAUCACUCGCCUCCAACUCGCCAUGGCAAGUAUCAAAGGCGAGCAAUUCCAGAAUGCAACAAAGAUCACACGCCACCAACUCGCAAUGGCGAGUGGAAGGCGAGCUUACUCGCCAUGGCGAGUGGAAUGACUCGCGAGGCGAGUGAAGGCGGUUUAGCCUCUUACAGCUGACGUGGCACAAACCCAAUGGCGAAGGAACCUCAACUCGCCAUGGCGAUUGAAUGAGCUCGCGAGGCGAGUUGAUGCAGAGUCAGAAUUGUAUAAAUAGCCCACUCAACCAUUUCAUUGGGAUAUAGUUUUAUACUUAGUUUUUCUCUGAGUUUUUCACUUGUAAUAUUUCUAGAGAGAGAGAUAGGGCUUGUGCUUUAUAGAGUGAGAGUGAUAGAGAGUGGAUUCUUCAUCCUUUGUUGA